AUGCUGUUCCGCUUACCUGGUGAAUCCCGGAGCUACCUCUGUGCCAAGAGCGCGUCGAUCUCCGUGGCGGAUCCCACCAUUGAAGUGGGACAGCCGGUACGCUUUUGGAUGCAUUUGACCUCCUUUACGGCCAAUCAUUUGCAGAAGCCGAAGGAAGAGGGUCGGGCAGCGGCGCAGCUGCUAGCCACCUCCACAUCCACAAACUCAACGGGCUGCAUGGGUCAGUCUUUGCUCACUGUGAGCCGUGGAACUCGGGAAGAGGCCCAACUGGUGACUCCACUGCAUGGGGGUUUCACUGAUGGGACAUGCGUGGACAUGCGCGCAGAGCCUGUGCAGGCGAAGGAGCGGCCGAAGCCCAGGAAUGACUACUUGGACUGCUACACGGGGCCCAAAGUGAAGUGGGAGGACUGGUGCCUCGACGAGUGGAGCGAUCUGACCCGUUGUUGUUCGCCGAUUUGUGCGUCGACGGACACGGGCCUCUACAAGGCCUUGGUGAAGAGUCAAGACAUCGAGGACGUUGCGCCGGUGAAGCACUCGCCGAAGCGUUUGGAUCUUGAAGUUGUUGGUGAAAAGGAAGAGCUGACGAAGAUCCGGAACCUCAUCCGGAAGCGAACUGAUCCGGGUUACGACCCGAACGAUGAGGAGGACUUUAAGGUGGCGCCCGUCCGGAAGUUCGAUUCCAAGGCUGACUACUACAAGCUCUUAGAAGUUGAUGACUUCGCCUCGGUGAAGGACAUCAAAGGUGCAUACAAGAAGUUGGCCCUGCAAUAUCAUCCGGACAAGAACAGAGACAAGAAGCCUGACAAGCUCAGAGAGAUGCAGGAUGAGUUCGAAAAGAUCCAGGAGGCCUAUGAGAUCCUGUCAGACCGCGCCACGCGGCGGCAGUACGACCGCGCGCGCUUCGACGAGGCGAGAGCCAAGUCUCAGGGCAUGAACAGUUCCUUCUACUCGCAGAAGACCAACACCGAUGGCAACUUCUGGGGCCGUUGGAGCGUACCCGAAGACACUGCUGAUGCCAUCUACAAAAUGUUGUGGACCAAGAAAGCUGAGGAUUUGAAAGCUUUGUGCCUUCAUUUAGGCAUCCUUGAGGACCAUGAAGGGCACUUGAAGUUCAUGGCCCCACAGUAUCGUGCGUGCCUGGGCAACUUUUGCGCGGUUCUUUGCAAAGAAAACGCAGGAACCCAUUGUACAUGCUGGUACUUCCGCCGCCGCGGGCAUUGCCCUCACCAAUGCUUCGUGGAGCUGAAGGAAGGAGUGGCCAAGUUCAAAAUCAACCUUCCGGUCCCGAAGCACCAUGAAGCUUUUGAGCUGAGACGCAAGCAGAGGAAGCGGGGCAGCUCUGCAUCUCCUUCGCCAGCCCCAAAGCGGCAACCUCUUGGCGACGAGGCGGAAGUACACUGCCACCGCUUCAACCAGAAUGCACUGCAGCAGAGCAGCUGCGCGUUCGUUGCUUUGACCGUUGUCCGUGAGUUCUUGGAGUCUAGCGAUUGGUCCACCAAGUCGCUAGAGUCGGACGACCUUGUCGUGGAAGCUUUGCCAGAGGGUGCGGCGAGCGUGGUGCUUGGGUGCAAACUUAACACGCUUCCUGCCCAGUGUUUGGGUUUCACUCGCACGUGGCGAACUGACCUGUCCGCCGCAACUCUAUCCCACAGUCCGGAUGACUUGCUUCGGUUGAUGUGCGCAGAGGGCUUGUACGACCCAAAGAGCAGUGCUUUGGUCUUCCAGUUCGAGUCUUGGGCCCUUCACACCAGCAGCAGCCUGUGUCCAUGCGCUGUGCAUGUUGCGGCAGCAAAGCACCGUGAUGAGUCGCAGGAAAAGCUGGAGGACAUUGCCGAAUGGUUUGAAGAAGCCCGUGAGUUCUUCGAGGUGGAGGAUCAAGCUGCGCACUUGAUGGAGUUGGACAGGAGGAAGGCAGUGGACAUCAGGGAGGAAGCAAAAGAAGCUGAUCGACGGCUGCGAAAGGCAAAGGCAGCAGUUUGGCUAGCAGCCAAGGCGAAGGCCACGAAGCUCCCGAAGGCCGCGGACCUGCGGUUGGAGGUGAAGAUCUCUUUGGAGAAGGCCUUGAGAGGCGGCCUGAAGAUCCGAGAGGUGAAGCGGGAUCGGAUGCAGCGAGCCUUUGGCGGUACCAGCCAAACUCUGAAGACAGUGAACAUCAAGAUCGACCCUGGUCAGGCGGACGGUAGCGAGUACCGCUUGCCGGGAGACGGACAUUGGCCCAGCUUCAAUGUCUCUCCGGGCGAUUUGGUGGUCGUCUUUCGACACAAGGCCUGGACCGUCACCGUCUCCGUCCGCGCUGGCCGAGUCACCACUGGUCGUCGUCUCUCCGUGCUCCGGCUCGCCGAGUCACUGCUGCGGCCGGACUUCGGGCCGAAUUGGCUGUUCCAAGCGAUUCUGUGCCCGGAGGUCCACCCCUUCCUCCGGCAAGUGGCCGCGACCGCCGGGAGCGCCGCCAGCGGCGCGCUGCAGCUGGCCUCGCCGCUGCAGGUGCGCGCGAAGGCCACGCAGGCGGCGGUGGCGGUGUGGUCGCCCACAUUUAAGGGCUCAAUGGUCUUGAUCCGCUUCAAGAAUCCCUUGCUGGAUCUGGCGCCGAGUAAAUCCUGCAACGUGACCUUCGUGUUGGAAGGUGAGGGCCUUCCACUGCCGGACACGCCCAUGAAGCGUGGGCCUUUGGCCAUCACCGUGCAUGUACAGUUGGAUGGCCCAGCCCUAGUGCCGAGCAUCAACAGCAGCUGCUGUAAAGAUGUGCUGUUGCGACGACAUGUCAAGAAGUACAAUCACCAGGGCACCCUGCGGGUAACACUGUCCAACCCCUUGGCGAGUGGCUUACCCGUGCGAAAGUACAUGGCCUUGGACGCCCGCGAGCGAGCCGGAUUGAAGGUGCGAUUGCCCUGCGUGGCGGUGGUAUGGACCUCGCCAGUGGGGACGGAUCCCGUCAGCUUCAACAAAGCGGCUGCGGCGCUGGGCUUCCACGCGCAAGGGGAUCCGCAGGCCUACGCCUGGUGUUGCCACCCGCGGCUCUUUCCGCAGCCCUUGCCCUGCAGCUCCCAUGUGUCCCUCGACGACGCCGAGCUGCACAGCGACGACGAGGUCAUCGACCUCCCCGAGGGAAAGCCGGAGCCGCCGGCCGCGUCGAAGCCGGUGCCGAAGGCGCUCACGGAGGAGCAAGAGUUCCUCCUCCGUUUCGAGCUUGGCCCCCCGGGUGGCUUUGACACCAACGCGCAGUCCGACGACGUGCGAGCCGGGGAGGCCUCGCCACAUGCCGGACCGGCGGGGCAACACACGGCGGAGGAGUUGACUCGAUUGAUCCGGGAGAAGCAAGGCGACCUGGAGCAGGUGAAACGCCACUGGACGGAGCGGAAGGAACGGCUCUCGGGCGAACGCCAAGAGGAGGACCCUGUGAAAAAUGCACGGGGGAAGAGAGAACUGGACCGAGUGGAGCGGGAGAUGAACGGGCUCCGAUCCAAUUUCGAGUUCCAACUACAAGCGGAGAAGAAGUGGGUGGAUGAGUUCAUGCAGACGCACAAUUACCAAAACCAGUGGGUUUGCGUCUUCAAGCCGGCCAUGGUGGUUCGGACCAAGCCCACGGAAGAUGGGCCCAUCAGCCGGCGCUUGGUCUUCGACGAAGUGGUGAAAGCCAAGUCCUGGAAGGCACGGCGCACGGAGGGACCGACCGGAUGGGAGGCUCCACCGGCCCUGACUUGGCACAAGACUCAUGGCCAGCUGCUACAGAGAUGGUUCAAUGCGGAACAGCAGCGCUUCAACGAUCUCCAGGCGAAGAUCGAAGAGCGCCGCAAGGUGCGGAACGAGACCUUCGUGGCGUACCGGCGGAAGAAGAAGGAAGUGGAGGAGUGGAGCAUCCCUCCUGGACCGUCGGAAGAGGAGAAAUGUGAGAUUGAGGAUGAGGAGUGUGAACAGCUUCAUUUCCUGAUGGAGCCCAUCCUGAAGGAGUUGAAGCUCCACAAGAGGCGUCUUCGUGAGCUCAGACAGAAGCGCGCCGAAGCCUUACUGGAGAGGCAGCGGAAGCUGGACGGCGGCCUCUCGAAUGCGCCACUGCCCGUAGGCUUCGAAGCCUCCGUGGAAGCGGCUGAGGCGAAGGGGAGGAGGAGUUGCUGGCAGGUGGAGGGGCCAUGA